AUGGAGGUGGAAUACCCUUCCCGCACAUCCGCUGCAGACGCGUCGUCGCCUUCCGCCACUUCGUCCUCUCAUAGAGGCUCCCCCUCACUGCCGCGCGACGAUGGCGUAUCGCACGCCUCCGUUUCACGCAACAACUCCUACGAAACUACCGGCAUAGACAACUCGAGAGCCGCAUCAGGCAACAACCCUGCCGCCGUUGCAGCUUCGGAUACGAUAUCGAACGACCCCCUCGCCGACCUCAAGCGGCCGCGUGCCUGUGAAGCUUGUCGACAGCUCAAAGUGCGAUGUGAUCCCGAUCCCGAUAAACCAGAUGGAUCUUGCAAACGAUGUGCCAAGGCGCAGAGGCGCUGCAUUAUCACUGUGCCGACUCGAAAGAGACAGAAGAAGGGAGACAGUCGUGUUGCGGAGCUAGAAAAGAAGAUUGAUGCCCUGACGGCCAGUCUUCAGGCCUCGAGGGCCAAAAGUUAUCCUACCGAUUCAAACGAACCUGGCGCGCAUAAUGCUGAAAGAACCUGGCCUGGAUCCAAUCGCUGGGGGUCGCAACGACGAGUAUCUGGUGGAGCAAAUCCGUCAGGGCCUCCUGGAAUCGCUGGUAACAAGAGAACGUUCAGUGGUGAUAUGCGGUCAAGGCCAGGGAUAGGACCUCCUGCCGUUCUUGCGCCCCUUGCGCGCCCCAUGAGCCCUUCCGGACCCAGCUCGUUCGUCCAUGCAUGGUUGCAUGAGAAGAAUACGGGUAGGCCUGAGGGCAGUUGGCCCGCAUUCGAGCCAGAAUCCAUGUCAGCACCUCGUCCUGACCACGAGUAUGCGGACGUGAUAGAUCGCGGCGUUGUCGAUCAGGAAACUGCGGCAAAAUCAUUUGAUCAUUACGUCAAGAAUAUGGCACCCAUAAUGCCAUGUGUGGUGUUCGCACCAAACACAAAAAUGGGGGAUGUCCGCCGCGAAACACCCGUACUCUUCCUAUCCAUCCUUUCGAUAUCAAUUGGGAAUUUUUCACCUAGUCUAGAGACGGCGUUGCUCACCGAGAUGCAUAAAAUAUUUGCCGACCGCAUUGUUAUUCGAGGUGAGAAGUCACUAGAACUGGUGCAAUCUCUAGUGAUAGCGACUAUGUGGUAUAUGCCGCCAGAACAUUAUGAAGAGCUCAAGUUCUAUCUACUUAUCCAUAUGGCGGCUAUUAUGGGGACAGAUUUGGGUAUGAACCGCAGAUCAAAACCGCAGUCGCAAUCGUCAGAGAUGAUAAGGGAGCUUAUGACCAGGAAAGCCCUAUUCAUCGAUCCUCAGUCACUUGACGGGAGGAGGGCUUGGAUAGGCUGCUAUAUUUUAGCUGUCAAUGUUGCUAUGGGUCUUAGACGACCACUCCUCACUCGCUGGAAUGCCUAUAUGGAUGAAUCGGUUCAGAUGCUGCUGGAUUCUCCUGACGCGUAUCCCAGCGAUCGGGCCCUCGUUGAAUGGGCGAAAUUAGCCCAUAUUGGCGAGGAGAUCGGUUUCCAGUUUUCCAUGGAUGAUCCGUUAACAAACGUCUCUAUCACUGAGCCAAGAAUUCAAUAUGCCCUGAAGGGAUUUGAAGGGCGCCUGGAUGAGUGGCGGAGGGAAGUUCCGCCAGAAGUAUAUACCCCUGUAAUGGAACAUUACGAACAAGUUCUUAGUAUAUAUAUGCAUGAAAUCGGCAUGCACAUUGACCAUAACAUUGACGACUUCAAGCCUCCGUUUCUUGCCAACCUUACCCAAGAAUCACAGAUUGACCUUGGAACUGCGGCGCAUGUAAACGCACUUACAGCGUGUUUAACAUCGACGCAUCGAGUUCUUGAUCUAUUCUGUGCAAUGGACGGGAACUUACUCCCGUGUCUACCUACGAUACAUUUCGUACGCACGUCGUAUGCAUGCGUUGCCCUAAUAAAGCUAUUCUCGGCUGCCUCAGCCCCAGGAAGCAGGCUCGCCAAUGUAUUCAGCACUGCAGACUUCAAAAUUGAACCUUCGCUGAAUAAGCUAAUUACGCACCUACAUUCGUGCACAGAAGGGAAUCACAGUCGAGUUGGCCUUAAGUUUUCGCUUAUCAUUGGCAUGUUGAAAGCAUGGUAUUCUAAACGUAAGGAUAAAAAUGCUGAAGUGCCUCUUCCUCCAUUCCUCCAACCGAGAGUCUCCAAGUCCGAAAAGAGUGAAGCAACGGCAUCUCCUGUUGUUGACGAUAGGCACAAAUCGCCCCCAUUUACCAAUCAAACUCCUCCAGGCGUCCUCAGCAAUGCUGCGGUGCAACGCCCUUCAAAUGCGGGGGCCCUGAAGCAGGAGUGCCAACGACCUAACAUUACGGCUCAAGACAACGUUCAGCCCUGUGGUGGUAAUAGAAGUGAAACUUUUACGACGAACUCGGCGCAGGCCAAUACUACAGCUACAGCUACAGCUACGGCUACGAUUCCGACGUACGGUUCCGGCAGCCAUAUCGGCGUCACACCUCAGACGUCUAACACGGGCGAUUGGCCGCCAUUCGUCAGCCAGAACCAAAUGAGCGCCAAUCCUUACAGCACUACAUCAACUUGUGUCCCCCCUAUGCAGCAGUACAUGAACCCAGCCUUUGACCAAGGUCAAAACUUCGUUUCACAAGCCGGUUUCAAUGGAUCUACUACGGGAAUGGACCAUCAGAACCUGACGUGGGAACACGAGACGGUUCCGGGGGCCGAUUUAUCAGCAGUUAUGACAUUCCAUCCAAACUUGUGGGAUGAAGAAUUAUUCCAGCUCUCCAUAGAGGGGUUUGAAGGGAUUUUCUAA